AUGGCAAGGACCACGAGAUCCAAGGCCGCCGGCGCCUCAACAGCAGAAGCAUCAAACUCAAUUUCCAAGACCUCAACAUCACAGUCCAAAUAUGCCCUCUCCCCCGAGUCCGCCAACCCGCCGAAGAUCUUCAUCCUCCCCAAAAAGGCCACGAAAGAGGCGCGCGUAGUGUCACUGCUCAACCCCAGAUACUCCAAACCGACCCGAUACCUAGUAUGUCCCGAGACGGGCAUCUACGAGUUCACGCGCAUCGUGGCGCCGAUGUCAACGCCGCGGAGCUGGCUGAUAGAACGGAGAAACGGGACGGGUGACGUCCUGCAGGAGAAGAAGGAGCAGAAGAAGUCAGCCGACGGCGCUGAGUUCAGCACUUACAUCACCAAGGGCGCGGACCUCUACGUCUCGACACCCAUCGACCCCCUAUUCCUAAAGUCCUCCCAGAAACGCGCCCUCUUCGUCCCCGCCGACGACCACUUCGACCGCAUCCAGCAGGCGGCGCCGGACUUGCACCUCUGGGAGGUCCUGCGCUGGGGCGGCGGCCGCGUGCGCGCGCUGCUCGAGGCCCGCAUGGCCGCCGUGUGCGAGACGGCGCAGGCGGGCGACGAGCGCAUGUUCCGGUUCAGCGAGGAGAAGUUACUAGCAGAAGUGCUGGGCAAGGCGCGACGCAUGGUGCUGCCGUCGAGCCUGGAGGAGAAGUUUGUCACGCGGGUGCUGGAAGCGCCCGUGCUGGGCGUGAAGCGGGAGAAUACUGCUACCACUACCACCGCAGUAAAGUCCGACUCGCAGCCCGAGACUCCGACCGAGACCGAGGCUCCCGCGUCGAGUUCCGUGCCGGAGUCCGGGACGUCGACGCCCAGGAUCGAGAGUGCGGAGAGCCAGUCUUCGAUUUCGUCGACGGAGACGAGUGCGAGUCUGGUGUCUGAGGCGUCGACGGCCGCUACGUCGGUAGCAGGAACAGUAAUCACAGAAGAGGAAACAGCCACCAUCACAACCGCAGAGCUGGCGCCCGCGAUGCAGGCCUCGGACGAGGUGGUGCGGCUGCAGCGCCUGCGCACGGCGUUCAACUUCAUCUGCUCGAGCUACGUGCCGCCGUCGCAAGCGGCGGUCCUGAAAGCCCGACUCCAAUCCCAAUCCCAACCACAAGCAGAAUCACAAUCACAACAAGAAAAGAAAGCGGCAAACACAACGACAACACCAACAACAACAACGACUGGCGUCGACUUCACCCCCCUGGAAACCUACCUCUCCGAGAUCGCCCGGCUGCGCGCCGAGGCGGCUGCCGCGCGGUCCGCGGGCGACUACUCGCGCAAGCGCGUGCUGGACGACGAGGAGCUGGCCGAGCGGGCCGAGAAGAAGCGCCGCAAGGAGGAGGACGAGACGAAGAAGAAGGCGGGCGAGAGCCGAGGCGUGCGGGACCUGAAGAAGGUGAAUACGCAGGGGAUGCGGAAGAUGAGCGAUUUCUUCAAGAAGAAGGCGUGA